AUGGACUCUACUAAAAAGCAUUUAUUAAAUUGGAAAAAACGCUUCAACAUCAUUGAAGGCAUUGCUCAAGGUCUUGUUUAUCUCCACAAAUACUCAAGACUAUGUGUAAUUCAUCGAGACUUGAAAACAAACAACAUUUUGCUUGAUGAGGAAAUGAAUCCAAAAAUAUCUGAUUUUGGCAUGGCAAAAGUAUUUGGGAUAAAAGAAACAGAAGGAAACACCAAUCGAGUUGUUGGAACAUAUGGUUAUAUGGUUCCAGAAUAUGCAAGGAAUGGCCUAAUUUCCAUGAAAACUGAUGUAUUCAAUUAUGGAGUUCUACCAUUAGAAAUUGUGUGUGGCAAGAAAAACAAUAGUCGAUCUCACUUCAAUUAUUCACUGAACCUAAUAGGAUAUGCAUGGCAGUUAUGGAAUGAAGAUAAAGGUAUGGAAUUAAUAGACUCAACAAUACUAGUUGAGUCAUGCCCUACAUCUGAAGUAUUGAGAUGCAUUCAUGUUGGUCUCUUAUGUGUACAAGAACAUGCAACAAAUAGACCCACCAUGCUAGAUGUCGUUUCUUUUCUUGUAAAUGAAAAUCUUCAACUAUCUCCUCCAAAAAAACCUGCAUUUUAUAUCAACACAGUUGUGAAAGAGUCAGAAGUUUCUGAAAUUAAGCCAGAAAACUGUUCAGCAAAUAAUGUCACAGUUUCAGAGAUGGAAGCCAGAUAA